AUGUCGACUAUUUUAGAGAGGAAGAUAGCUGCAAUAUGUGGUGCAAUUAUUGGAGAUGCUGCAGCUAUGCCAAUGCAUUGGAUAUACAAACAAGAAAAAAUGGACGAAGUGGUUGAUGGUAAAGAUGAAGUUGAAUUUAGAGACCCUUCAGCCAACCCUUUUUACAUCCUCAAAACUGGAAAAAAUAGUUGCUAUGCUGAUCAGACGUACCAGGUUUUGUUGUCAUUGGUUUCCAAUAAAGGCCUAGACAUUCCAGCUUUAAAGCAAGAAACAGUCAAGAUGUUUGGCCCUGGUACAGAAUAUGAUAAUCCUAAUAGGGGAACAAAAGACCCACCAAUAGAGGGGCGGUGGUUACAUAAAAGUUUAAUUGACUUUUUGGAGAGCUAUAAAAGUGGCUCUGAUGAAAAAGGUUUUGAUGAUAAGAGUGCUGAUUGUUACUGUAGAUCCAUUCCAGUAGUAGUAUUAUAUGCUGGUCGACCAGAGUUGUUAACCAAGGUUCGAGAAGUUGUGUCGAUGACACAGAAAACUCCUUUAAUUAUAGCUUCAGCUUUAACUGCCGCUAGAAUUCUAGAGAAUCUGAUAUUAAAUGGAAGAAACCCUAAUAUACUAGAAGAUACUAUAAAAACCCUUCAAGACCCCGGUAGAAGUGACCCAGAUGAGAAUGAUGGCAAGCUAGCUGAGUAUUUACAACAAGUGCUGGAUAACAAGUCUACAGACCAUACAGCUGCUGCUAAUAACUUCGGAAAGGCUUGUUAUGUUCCUGGAAACCUGCAAACAGCUCUGCAUUCCAUAGUAACUUAUGAUAAUUAUGCUACAGCUAUCAGAGCAACAAUCAAAGCAGGUGGUUGUUCAGCAUCCAGAUCUAAUUUAAUUGGUGCAUGUAUUGCUGUUCAGUGUGGACUUGAAAGCAUUCCAGAAACAUGGUGGCAGAGAACAGAGAGGUUUCUUGAAGUAUCAAAACUAGCACGGGAUUUGGCCAGCAUCUCUUCAAAACUACGAUGA